AUGGAACCUAAGAAUUACAGCACUAUUCGCAGUAUUCUCAAACAAGAACGGGGGGAAAAGAUUUCCCCUUAUGUUUUUAAGUUAGUCAAUCCUCAACCGGUUAAAGAGUAUUUAGAAAAGGAGGGAAUUACUUAUGAGACUUACCAGCAAGAAGUAGUAAACGAGCCAAAAAAGACAACAAAAGAGAAAUUAAUUGCGGGUUAUAAAGCCAGUGCUAAAAGUGAAAUCUAUUUAGUGGAUUUUAAUCGGAAGCGAGAAAGAGAAAUCUUUAAAAUCCGCCCUGCGGUAGUAGUUAGCGGUGAUCUCCAAAAUGAAUAUGAUAAGCAAAUAUUAAUGGCUCCUAUUAGUGCCGAGGAGGAAUUAAUUCAGAAAAGCAAACCCCGAAUAUUGGAAUAUUUAGGAGUUGCUAGUCCCAAAACAUUACGGCAAAUAAAAGAAACUUUAAAAGUAGUUUUAGAGUUAGAGUAA